CAGUGUAGCGUGUGUGUGUGUGUGUGUCAGUGAACGGGAGCAGCGCGCGGGCUGGAUCGCAGUUCCUCCAGUCUCCGGUUAUUCCGCGGAUCUCUCGCGCUCUUCAUCUCUUCGUCUGUGUUUCUCCGUGUUUCUCUGUGGAUUGUUCUCCGUGGAGAUGUUCGUGUGGAGACCCACAUCGCUUCGGCAUCUGCAGGCGUGUGUGUUCCGACUGCUGUGUUUUAUCCCCACAGGGUUCCCGGUGACCAGCGUGGACAGCCAGAGAUCCACCGACAACAUCACCAUCCGACAGGGGGACACGGCCGUGAUCCGGUGUUAUGUGGACGAUAAGGUGUCGAAGGUGGCCUGGCUGAACCGCUCCAACAUCAUCUUCGCUGGCGAGGACAAGUGGUCCCUGGACCCGCGGGUGGAGCUGGUGACCCAGGGUCAGCUGGAGUACAGUCUGAGGAUCCAGAAGGUGGACGUGUUCGACGAGGGCCCGUAUACCUGCUCCAUCCAGACCAAACAACAGUCCAAGACCUCGCAGGUGUUCCUCAUCGUUCAAGUUCCUGCGAUCAUCUAUAAAGUGUCGGAGGACAUCACUGUGAACGAGGGCAGUAACGUGACGUUGACGUGUUUGGCCAAUGGGAGGCCAGAUCCCUCCAUCACCUGGAGACUACUCAACCCGUCAGCCGAGCCUCUGGACGUGGGCGAGUAUCUGGAGAUCUCUGGGAUUGUUCGCUCUCAGGCCGGACGUUACGAAUGUAAAGCAAGCAAUGACGUGUCCACACCCGAUGUCAAAUACGUCAAUGUGGUGGUCAAUUACCCGCCGUAUAUAAAGGAGGUGCGCAGCUCCGAGACGCCAGUGGGACAGGCAGGAGUUCUGCACUGCGAGGCGUCUGCGGUUCCUCAGCCAGAGUUUGAGUGGUUCAGAGAGGAGCGCAGACUGUCCAGCUCUCAGAGCAUCAGUAUUCAGAUCGUCGGAUCUCGAACGCUCCUGGUGGUCGCAAACGUCACGGAGGACGAUUAUGGAAACUACACGUGUGUCGCUACCAACAGACUGGGCAUCCACAACGCCAGCGUCUUUCUCUACAAACCGGGGAUGGGCCGGGACAUCAACGCCUCAGGCUGCAUGUGUCAAUCACUCUGGCUCCUCCUCCCGUGUCUUCUCUCGGCUCUUCUCCAGUGUUAAUGUUCAGCGGUCGAUCGUCUCGGACUGUUUCCAUCCAUCAUCCACGCUCACCCUUACGCCCCAGCAGGACGACCGUCUUAUUAUCAGGAGGAAAAUAUGACAUGGAGGAAAGAAAGAAGGUGCUCUUUUUAAGAACUGAAUAUUGUCAUUCACUGCCUUCCAGUGGCGUCCGCGUGUCUGAAAGGUUGAGUGCAUGUGUGUGAAUCCCCACGGAAAACUGGAGCAGAGUUCCGACCUCACGAUCAGCUAGUGAUGCUGAAAACGCUUCAUUUCAUUGUGUUUUCCCAUAAUACUGUUGCAAAGUCUGCCUGAUGUAAACUAAUGAAAGAAUCAUUUAGAUGUGGUUAAUAACAGAAGGACUGUAUUGAGACAGACACGUUUUCUGCUGUAUCAUCUUCGAUCAGAACAAUCACCGGCUGAAAGAGACGUCAGUGUUGGUCGUGAUUGAUCGUAGAAUCUUCUCACAGAGCCAAGACCCGCCCAUUUGUGUAGCUCCACCCACUUUGCACCAUACUAAGCUCCUCCCAUGUCCCAGCUCCGCCCACAUCAGGCCUAGACGGUUCUGCGUUGCUUCUUCAGGGUUCCCCUGUCCUCGUGGAAAACCAUCGGAAGUUUCUCUAGUGAAAAUAAAUGGUGUUUUUGUUUUGGGGGGAAAUCUGUAGAAUUCUGUGGAAUGAUUUUUACCGUGUUAAAGUGUGUCCCGAACGAACACCCUCGUGUGAAGUGUUCAUCUCCCCACCGUAUGAACUUUGAAAUGUCCGACACCGAUGAAUGCUCGGCUUUGAUUCGCUGCUCAUUCCCAUUGAGUCUUCUCCACGUGUCUGUAAAUAUUGUUUUGAAUCGAAUGUCCUCAAAUUGAAAAGAAAUAAAUCUACAGUUCGGGUUCCUUCAUAUGUAGUUACGCUUUGAUGCUUCCUGUAACAAACUGAAAUUAAAUACUAAACUUUUUACUACAAAUAUUUAAAUAUUUCAUUCUAAAACUAGAUUUACAUUUGAAGCGGCUGCACUACUAUUCUUUUUAUUUAUAGAGACUGAUCAUUUAUGUUCAUUAGUUAUUAUAAUAGUAGUUGUACAGAAAUGAGCUGACUGCCAAACGAUUAUAGAUCCCAUUAUAGAUUACAAUUAGAGCCAUUUUAGGGAUUUACAAACCACACUGAAAUCCACACUUCUUUGUCGUUGAAUUCGUGACGCAUCCGUCUUCUUUUAGUCUUAUUUCUCAAAGAGCAUAAACAGGUUGUGUGUACACAUUCAUUUAAUAAAGGAAAAAGAGUGAUACAUAAAUAACAGCAGUGAGCUCUUAACCCACGGCCCUUUGAUUGACAGCUCACAGCCAAUAAGCUUUCAGCGUGUGAGCUCUGAUGCCUUGAUUGGAUGAACCCGCUCGUGUCAGUGUGAGCGUGGGAUUUAAAGGGCUAGUCAUGUGUCUCCUGUAGACUCUCUGCCCUGAACACGGGUGUUUGGGUUUAAUCUGAUCCAAAGUCAAGCGUUUUCUAUCUGAUGCAUGCCUCUGCGUGUGUUUGAUAGUUACGCAAGCUACAAAAAAACAUUUGACUUUAAUUUCAUCAUUAGUGUGUGUGUGUGUGUGUUUUACUCCUGAUGCUCUGUAACAUGACAAGAAAACCAGACAGUGUGUUUUUGUCUAUCCUCUUUUGGGACCCCGGAGUUUCAGUCGGAAGUUCCCGCUAGUCUGACUGACAUCUUCAUGAAAAGCAAUGAACAUUUUCUAACUGUGUUUAUUUACUCUAAAGUUUCCGCAGUCAUUUUUUAAACCCUUCUGCACUGUAAAGUACUUCAUGAAAUGUUUCAAAUGGAAAUAAAGUCUUUGAAUUUGAUGUAUUUGAAAGUGGGUUUAUGAAGAAGAAAGAUUGUAAUUUUUGGUGAGAAAAUGAGGAUUAUGAAUUCUGUUAAUCAUGUAACAUGCAAAUAAAGGAAUAUAAAGAUGGUUAGAUCUCCCUUUAAA